AUGCACUGUGAUACCUAUUAAACGUUUAAGCGCCGACGGUCUUUGCCUCCAAAUAAUACCGUCGAAAACCACUCCUCCAUUGAUCCUACGUACGUGAUAAACGCGGUGAUAACAUUAAUCAAAACGUGUAAACACACAUACCUACCCACAUCGUUCGUUUUAUUAUUAUAUUGCAAAUAUUUUAUUACCACUAUAUUAAAUAAUACCGAGUUAUUAUCGACGCGGGCAUCGGCUCGUGGUCACGAGAAAUCGAUCGUUUUCAGACGACUAAAUCGCCGAAUACCGCGCGGGAGACGACACGUCCGGUCGUCGUGCGGAUUAAUCGUCGGGCCGCCGCGGACGUACGACACGGUCGGGCGCGCGAACUCUACACAUCCGAUCCGUUUUCCGUCCGCGCGCUUUGUUCGUACUCGCCGAUAAAGCCGACGUUUUCGUUGAAGGUUAAUCAUUAGUACGUAGCGUAAGUAGUUUCGAAUAUUAUAUUUUCAUCGACCCCCCCACGUCGUCUCUCGUCGAUAUCGUUGCGACAUAUAGGUACGCAGACACUCGGUUUGCCGUCUCGACUCCAGCCCUCUGUACCUGCUGAACAUUAUGAGCUCGGAUAUAAGUACCAGAAAUCCCCAGGAAGAAUACGAGCUGAUUCAGAGGAUCGGUAGUGGCACGUACGGCGAUGUUUACAAAGCAAAGCGGAUUUCAACGUCGGGGUUAGCAGCUAUCAAAGUUAUCAAAUUAGAAGUCGGUGAUGAUUUUUCAAUUAUACAGCAAGAGAUAUUAAUGAUGCAAGAUUGUCACCAUUCAAAUAUCAUAGAAUAUUAUGGCAGCUAUUUACGUAGAGACAAAUUAUGGAUAUGUAUGGAGUAUUGUUCUGGAGGAUCGUUGCAAGAUAUUUAUCACAUUACUGGACCACUUACAGAACUACAAAUAGCAUACAUGUGUAGAGAAACACUUAAAGGACUUUCAUAUUUACAUACAAUGGGUAAAAUGCACAGAGAUAUUAAGGGAGCUAAUAUAUUGUUAACUGAAUGUGGUGAUGUAAAGCUAGCAGAUUUUGGGGUUUCUGCUCAAAUUACCGCUACAAUAAAUAAGCGAAAAUCAUUUAUUGGAACUCCGUAUUGGAUGGCACCUGAGGUAGCAGCUGUAGAACGCAAAGGUGGCUAUAAUCAAUUAUGUGAUAUCUGGGCAGUUGGGAUUACUUCUAUAGAGUUGGCUGAAUUACAACCACCAAUGUUUGACUUUCAUCCUAUGAGAGCUUUAUUUUUAAUGUCUAAAAGUGGUUUUAAACCUCCGACAUUAAAGGAUAGAGAUAAAUGGAGUCCAACAUUUCAUAAUUUUAUAAAAGUAUCACUGACUAAAAAUCCGAAAAAAAGACCAACAGCAGACAAGCUAUUAAUGCAUUCAUUUUUUUGUCAAGAAAUGAGUAAACGACUUGCUAUUGAUCUUCUACAAAAAGCAAGUAACCCUACUACUCAAUCAUUUGCAGAAAUUGAGCCUGAUGAUGAUAUAAUUUCUGAUGUUCCUCGGCGUAUUGCAUCUAGAGCAACUGUUGAUCACAGAGGUUCAAAUCUAUCUGAAGCAGCACAAUUACCUCACAACAGUAAAAAUGAAACACCUCUUCUGUUGGAAUCUAGAAAUUUGGGAAUGGUUAAUCUGAAAAAAAGCGUACUACGCAAUGAUGACUGUGAUAAUUUUGGAAGAUUAGACUGUAUUUUGACUGAAAAGAGUCUUCUGCAAAACAUAGAUGAAGAACUUAAACUGAGGGGAGAUUAUAAUCGUGUAUUUAAUGAAGAUAGGAAUGGAAGUUAUGAAGAUGUAUCUACUUUACCACUGACUGACAAAUGCUCCAUGCCACAUUCAUCUAGUCAAAAAUGUAAUUUUCCUAAUAAAGGCUGUGUUUACCAAAAUUUAAGAGAUAGUUCUUCGCCCUCUAGACAACAUAGUUCACUUGAUGAAAUUAUUGCAUUAACUACUUCUAAUGUUAGUGUAAAUGGACGUCAACGUUCAUUUAGCGACAGUGGAGGAGAAUGUCCUGAACCAGAUUUAUUAGCUGAUACACCUCCAGUACCACCACGUCGAAGAGACCGUAAACAACGAAAUUCUCCUCCUAAACCAAUUAGUAACGGUCUACCACCCACGCCUAAAGUGCACAUGGGUGCUUGUUUUUCCAAGGUAUUUAAUGGAUGCCCUUUAACAAUUUAUUGUACGGCUAGUUGGAUCCAUCCUGAAACUAGAGAUCAACAUGUAUUUAUUGGAGCUGAAGAAGGAAUCUACAAUCUUAAUCUAAACGAACUACAUGAAACUGCUAUUGAUCAGUUAUAUAAUAGACGUACAAUUUGGUUGUAUGUUAUAAAAGAUAUUCUAAUGUCCUUAUCAGGAAAAACUACCCAGUUGUUUAGGCAUGAUCUCUUAGCCCUUCAUGGUAAACAAAGCCAUAGGUUUUCUCAACAUAUGACUAGAAUUCCUGAACGAUUAAUGCCUAGAAGAUUUGCUCUUACCACCAAAGUGCCUGAUACCAAAGGUUGUAUAAAAUGUUGUGUUGGACGAAACCCAUACAAUGGUUAUAAAUAUUUAUGUGGAGCCAUGUCCAGUGGGAUUUUUUUAAUGCAAUGGUAUGAUCCACUUAACAAGUUCAUGUUGUUAAAGCAUUUUGAAUGUAAUUUACCAUCACCUUUAAAUGUUUUUGAAAUGGUCAUAACUCCUGAAUUAGAAUAUCCACUUGUUUGUGUUGGUGUGAAAAAACCAAUUGGACCUAUUAGAAAGUCUAUGAAUUUGAAAUUAGAAUUGAUCAAUGUCAAUACUGGUGCAUGUUGGUUUUGUUCUGGUGAAACAGAUGAUUCUGAUAAUACUGGUACUGUAAUUCAAAGAAGAGAUAUUAUGGAUGUUGUUUGUGUUUGCCAGUUGGAUACAGAUUCAUUUUUAAUAUGUUACAAGAAUGUUGUAAAAGUAAUUAAUUUACAUGGGAACCUGAAGCAAGAUAAAAAUCAAAUUAAUCAGCUUUAUUUUGACUUCACUGUAGAGUCAAUAGUUCGAUUAUCUGACAGCAUUUUGGCAUUCCAUAAGAAUGGUGUUCAAGGUCGUAGUCUUUUAAAUGGUGAAGUCACCCAAGAAAUAGUUGAUAAAAGUAGAACCUAUCGUCUUUUAGGUUCUGACAAAAUUCUGAUAUUGGAAUCACACAUGGUCUCUAAGAAAGCUGAUGACGGCGCAGACUUGUACAUCCUUGCUGGCCAUGAAGCCAGUUAUUAAAAUAUGUUAUUAUUAAAUAGACAUUAUGAAUAUUAUUAUUAUUUUUUUUUUAAUCAUUGUAAUUAUACGGUAUUAUACGUCCACUUUAUACGGAGAGACUUUACUCGUUAAUUCCUGUUAUGAUACAUUGUCAAAUAUAUUCCAUUAUUAUAUUA